AUGGAUUUGAAUGUUACAACGGCCACUGAAGACACGCUUAUUGAUUUUUGCAUCCAGAGAGGAGAGCAAAAUGCAAUAGUUGCCGGCAUCCAUGGGGCAAUAGUCGUCAAAGUCACUGACAACAUUGUCGCCAAAUGGGGAUGGACCGUGACUGCAGCUGAAGCAGCCAUGCACGAAAUUGCGUACAAGGGUUUAGACCAUGAUAUCGUUCGUGUACCUCAAGUCUAUCGUUUCAUCCAAGACGACUCAGGAAGAGGUUACCUGUUCAUGGAAUAUAUCCCUGGACAGAAUUUAGCUGACCUAGAUAUCACUGAUCACGAAGAUAUCAUAUUCCGCGUUGCAAAAGUUAUCGAGCAUCUGGGUCAAAUACAAGCACCAGAACGGAAACCAGGUCCGAUCGGUGACCGUGGCCCUCGGGGAUACUUGUGGGGCGACGAUGGCGUGAGGAAAGCCUUCAAAUCGGUUACAGAUCUGAACAACUGGCUGAACAGGCGCCUGACUCUGAGAAACGACUCUAUUGAUCUAAGUCCAUACCCGCUUGUUCUAUGUCAUAUGGACCUAUGUCGCCGGAAUAUGGUACUUGGAGAAGAUGGCGAAUCGAUAUAUUUGCUUGACUGGGGCCACGCUGGAUUUUUUCCGCGCUUCUAUGAAGUAGCAACGCUGUCAUGCCUCAACCCUUACGAUGGAGAUUACGAGAAACCUCUUAUAAGAAUUGUCGAAUCAUUGCUGCAGCUUACAGAUGACGAAAAACGUGACAUGAAAAUGAUUCAUUAUGCACGUGCGGCGAGCCUGAGAUGGACAUUGUAG